UUCGGAUCACAUACGUCGACACCGUAAACUCACAGCCAUGCGCAUCGUCAGGAAUCCCUUCACCAUAAUGCUGGUCUGUGCUGGCUUCUCGGCGGUGCUUGCCCAGCACGGUUACGGCGGGGCUGGCGGCUACGGGGGCGCCGGCGGAGCUUACGGUGGUGCGGGAGCCGGAGGAGCUUACGGUGGUGCGGGCGCCGGAGGAGCCGUCGGCUAUGGUGGUGCGGGGCGCCGGGGCUGGCGGCUUCGGCGGAUUGGGGGCCUACGGAGGUGGAGCGCCCGGUGGUGGAGCUGUCUACACAGGGUCAAGCGUCGCUCCUUCCGGAGGAGGCUACGGUGGCGGUGACUACGGCGGCGCCGCGACGGGCGGCGCGGCAGCCUACGGAGCUCCCGCAGCCGGAGGAGCGUACGGCGCCGCCGCGAGCCCAUACAGCGGCUCCUUCGACUUCACCAACAACGUGAACCACGCCGGCUACGGUGCGGGUGGUGCCCAGGCGGCCGGCGCUUACGGAGGUGCCCAGGCGACCCAGGGCUACGCUACCUCUGGAGCCGCCCAGGGCGCUGGCUACGGCGGCGCGGCUGGUCUCGGAGCUGGCUACGGUGCCAGUGCCGCUGGAACUGGAGGGCUUGGAGUGGCCUACGGAGGUGCCGGCGGCUACGGAGGCAGCGCCGGAGGAGGCUACGGAGCAGCGUCAGGCCUGGCUGGAGCUGCCCAGGUGUACGGCGGUGGGGCGUUCCAUCAGCAGCCACGUGCCAGCGGAGGAUACUGAGCGACGUGUGCUGAAGGCGCUGUAAACAGAGGGAGCGUGCCGAGCCGAUGGACGCGUCAGUCGCGGUCCUCUGCUGAAAACAAGACUCCUUUCUUCCGUACACGAUAGCGACCGCUCUCGUCGGCGCAUGACACUCGGACCGUGACUCGAAACAUUGUCGGGCUAGGCGCACAAAGGCAAGCACUCUUGGCUUGUAACUUGCCUUUUCUCUAGUUCACGGGCAUACUGAGCAUAAUUCCAAACUUUUCAAGACCACUGAUUAAUUUAUUAUUUAAAUCUUUCGUUCCACGCAUGCAACAUCGAGUGCGAAGUGCCAGCGGCGACGCGUAUCUUCUCGCGCGAAGUUCGGAUGUUCAGCUGUAUCAAAACAGUCAUCAAAGCACCGGUCGAUGUGCCGUUCGUGUCUGCGUUAUUUCGGGUCAUUAGGAAAAGCUUUACAUUUUUCUAUCUUAUCCGCUGAAGCAUUCACUAAAUCACGCAUCUUUAACGAGAUGUUUCUACAUGACAGGUGCAGCUGCCCUGAAAGUGUAGUUUGGUCGGUGAGACUUGAGUUUUGGAGGGAAAAAACGCUGAUACUUGUGUGAAUCUAGCAUUCGAAAUCACACGCAGGCGAGGUAUCUAAAAUUUGUCUUAUCAUAAAACUAUUGUUCAUGCGUGUUGGUCCGAACAGACAUUCACAUACACAAUAAACGUGGCCGUGUUCCAAUGAGUUUGCCAUGCUGUUUUUCUAAUAUAACGAUUUGGAAGUUAGGCAUCAGGAAGCAGUAAUGCCAGAAGCAAGCUAAUAAAACGUAAUACAGCGAACCAAGUAGCUUCGAUUAUUUAUUAUGUCCGGAAAUAUAGUUCCUAUUUAAACAAAAAUACUGUUCACAAUGCCGGACGUUGUCCGCUCGUUAAAGGCGCGCUGUCGUAACCUAGCCGUACAAUUUGUUGGCGAUAAAUAAGGAAGUGGUGGAUGAAUUGCCAGGGGCAACCAUUCAUGCGGUGUCUACUGUCUUCAUUGUCCUCAUUCUAUUGACAUCCGGUCUUGUGCGUCGCAUUUUUAUUGGUUCGUUUCAGUUUACUCUACUUUAUAGAAGCAACCUGAAGGCGAAUAUGACUGGAUUAACCUUGCCUUUGUGGCCGUGCCGUCCUCGACAUGUUCUCUCUAUAUCAUGUACAAAUUUUGUAUAUAGAAACAGUAGUCUAAAAUCUUUUCCUGUAUACACUGUGAUCGAAUUCGCCUUUUCUUUAUGUGCUUGUCUGUUCUAAUUUAUGAGUUGUCAGAGCUUCGAGCU